AAUUGUCGGUGUAUGUGCACUGGCUCGUCAGUCAAACCUCUUUAUCGCGGAACUGUACCGCGGUCAGCUUCUGCUGCUGGACAUGUCAAAUAUAUAUGACCGACAACAUCGCAAAAUUCUGCUCCGGUGGCUGCUCUCAACAGCCGACAAGGCGACGGUUUAAACAGAAAAGGAAAGAAUCCGAAGGUCUGUAUUCAGCUCCGCGCUGCAGACAAAAGACGGAGGAUGCGCGAUGUCGUGUUUGCGGAAAUGUUUUAGGGGAAGGUGUCUCCAUAUUCAAUGACAAACCAAGACCAAAGAUGAGGAAGAGUUUUGAUAAUGGCUUCAUUGCUGAAGUUAUUGUACGGCUGCUGCUUUUAGGUGUUUUUCUCGUGACUGAGGGGAUUCCUCCAUUCAGCCGCGAGAUCCAGCCUGAGGAACUCUGGCUCUAUAAGUUCCAUCCCGUCAAAAAGGACCGUGUUCCUACCCGCCUUAUGUUUUCCAUCGCCCUCUUCGCUCCAUUGGUGGUUAUUUCUUUGUUUACCUUCUUGAAACAAGGUGGAAAGGAAGAUAUGAAAGAGGCAUCUUUGGCUGUGACUCUGACCCUGGUGUUAAAUGGAGUUUUCACUAAUGCAGUCAAGCUAGCCGUGGGAAGGCCACGACCGGAUUUCUUCUACCGCUGUUUCCCGGAUGGCCAAAUGAACCCAGAGCUUCACUGUAGCGGUGACCCGGAUAUAGUAAUGGAAGGCAGGAAGAGCUUUCCAAGCGGACACUCUUCCUUUGCGUUUGCUGGUCUGGGCUUCACUGCCCUGUACGUGGCUGGGAAGCUGCACUGUUUUAGCCCAGCUGGCCGAGGUAAAGCCUGGAGAUUGUGUGCCUUCCUCACCCCCCUCCUUUUCGCCAUCAUGAUCGCCCUCUCCAGAACAUGUGACUACAAACAUCACUGGCAAGAUGUGUUGGUGGGAUCUCUCCUCGGUUUGGCCUUCUCGUACUUGUGUUACCGACAGCAUUACCCAGCUCUCAACGACUCGAACUGCCACAGACCCCUCCGAAUGAGAGAGGCAGCGGCUCUUGCACAGGAACGCAAGCCGGCCAACCCAGGCUACCUCUUACCUUUGUAGGAACUCGAAUUCUGUUACACCUGAACUCGACCAACAACCAUAUACUGUGUGAAAGUUUACCAAGCCAGUUGCUGCGAUU